AUGUGCUGGAUGCAACGAAAGAGUACUCGAAGCUUGUCGAAUGUUAACACGAUCUCAAAUGGCUUGCUCACGCCCACGCUCGCCCUUCUCACAGAGGAUAUCCCAUCGCGACACGGGCCGUGGAUGCUGUCGCUGUUGUCGCCAGCGCUGCUGUCGGUGCUAAAACACUGCACGAAUCGAUCUAUCCGUGAAGAGCUGUACCGAGUCAACGUGAGUAAAGCCAGCACGGAACUGUUUAACAGUGUGUCAGUGGCCGGAGAGAUUCUCGCGUUGAGAAACGAGGUUUAUUACACAGAGUUGCUGGGGUUCCAGACGUUUGCCGACCUCAGUUUGGCGCAGAAGACGGCGCCAUCUGUGCUUGAGGUUGAAGAAAUGAUCAACGCUCACCACGACACGAGUGAUCCCGUGGUCGAGACCAAGUUCCAGCAGCUGCAGACGUUUGCGGAUCCCAUGGCCACGACGGACAGUUGGAGCAAUGGGACGUGGCUUUUUUGGUACGCGUUGCAACAUUCGAGCGAUGGAGCAGCUGGGAUCGCCCGCCGUCGGACAUUUUUCUUUGACCCUUACGCCCGGCCGGGGCAGAAGCGGCACGGAGGGUGGAUCAAUGAGACCGUCAACCGAAGCAAAGUCCUCGGAAUCCCCGAGCAUCUCGUUCGUGUGGCGGACUUCAAGAUCGUUAGCAGCGCGUCGUUAAUGUCGUUUGUGGCCGAUGUUGCGAGUUCGCAUUCGUAG